AUGGCAGCGGUGGAGCUCACCAGAGAGAGGGCAGCGGUGGCGACGGGCGGCGGUGGAGGAGGGGGGCUGGGCGGCAGUGGAGGAGGAGGGUGGGGCCGACGGGGCUCCGGGGCAGGGAGAGUGGGGGCGGGUGGCGCCGCGUGGUGGCGGCGCCCGGGCGGCGGCGGCGGGGGCGACGGGCCGGCUGGGACGGGGGGCGGCAGGGGCGACGGGACGGCGGGGGCGGGGAGAUCCGGGGCAGGGAGGGUGGUGGGGCGGCGGCUGGGCGGCGGGCGGCAAGGGCGACGGGACGGUGGGGCGGAGGGCUCCAGGGCAGGGAGGAUGGUGGGGCGGCGGCGGUGCUGGGCGGCGACAGUGCGGCGCGAGGGCGCGCGGGUGGAGAGAGAGGGGAAGAGAGAGGGGUGGGGCCGGGGAGAGUGGGAGGGUGGCCGCUAG